AUUGGUCUGUGGGCACACACCAUUCAGCCUUGAUUCAGGAACCCCUACCUUUGUCUUAAGACUCAUUUUCUGCUUCAAUUCUCCCGGCGUCUGACUCCUACCCGCGCAAUUUCCAUUUGGUCGCUUCUAUUCACUCCAAUUUGGUCCAACAUUCGAAGGAAAGGAAGCUUCCGGUAUAUCUUUGUCGAUCAUCGUAGAUGGCUUCGCCGGAGAUUGCCCAGACGGACUUGGAGGGCAUGGACGGAGUCCGCAUGACGUGGAAUGCCUGGCCGCGCACGAAGGUGGAGGCUAGCAAGUGCGUGAUCCCAAUUGCGGCGUCCAUCCACCUGAUCCGACCCAACCCGGACCUCCUCACGCUCCCGUACGGGCCGCUCAGAUGUAAAACAUGCACCGCCGUGCUCAACCCCUACGCCCAGGUAGACUUCCGGUCCCCCAAAUGGAUCUGUCCGUUCUGCUUCCAGCACAACAACUUCCCUCAUAGCUACUCAACCAUUUCUGAGACCAACACCCCUGCCGAGCUCUACCCUCAAUUCAGCACCAUUCAGUACAUUCUUCCCCAACCCCCCAACCCCCUUUCGCCUACGGGCUCGCAUUCUGUUUUCCUGUUCGUGCUGGAUACCUGUAUGCUAGAAGAGGAGUUAGGUUUCGCAAAAUCCGCAUUAAAACGUGCGAUUGGGUUGCUCCCAGACAAUGCCAUGGUUGGCUUUAUAUCAUUCGGGACGCAGGUGCAGGUUCAUGAACUUGGCUUCUCGGAUAUGUCCAAGGUUUACGUAUUCCGGGGGUCUAAGGAACUCUCAAAAGAUAAGGUUUUGGAGCAAUUGGGGCUUGGUAGCGGUGGUGGGAGGCGAGCUGCUGGUGGCGGGCCAGUUGGGGUCCCCUAUCCGGGAAUAACAAGAUUCUUGCUCCCCGCAUCAGAAUGUGAAUACACUCUGAACUCGUUGUUAGAUGAGUUGGAUACGGAUCAGUGGCUGGUCCCCCCUGGAAAUCGGCCCUUACGUUGCACUGGAGCAGCUUUGAGUGUGGCUUCAGGUUUGCUCAGUGCAUGUAUGGCUGGUGCAGGUGCCCGAAUUGUAGCAUUAGUUGGAGGUCCAUGCACAGAAGGGCCUGGAGCGAUUGUAUCAAAAGAUUUAUCAGAUCCAGUUCGGUCUCACAAGGAUCUAGAUAAGGAUGCUGCACCUUUUUUCAAAAAGGCAGUGCAUUUCUACAGUGAACUUGGAAAGCAGCUAGUCAGUCAGGGUCAUGUAUUGGACAUUUUUGCAUCAGCACUUGAUCAGGUUGGGGUUGCUGAGAUGAAAGUUGCAAUUGAAAAAACGGGAGGACUGGUUGUUCUUGCAGAAAGCUUUGGUCAUUCUGUAUUCAAGGAUUCAUUCAAGCGUGUUUGUGAAAAUGGCGAACUAUCUCUUGGGCUUUCUUUCAACGGAAGACUUGAGAUCAUUUGCUCAAAGGACAUUAAAGUUCAAGGGAUCAUUGGACCCUGCACAAGCUUAGAAAAGAAAGGACCUGCUGUGGCCAACACAGUUAUUGGAGAGGGGAAUACAAUAGCGUGGAAGAUGUGUGGUCUUGACAAAACUACAUGCUUCACCGUAUUCUUUGAUGUCUCAUCAAGUGACAAACCAGACCUCUCUGUCGAUACAAAUCAAGAAUUGUACAUACAAUUUCUUACAAGUUAUCAGAGCUCCGAUGGACAUACAAUAUCACGAGUUACAACCAUAAAAAGAAGAUGGGUUGAUACGACUGUCAACUCUGAGGAAUUAGUACAAGGCUUUGAUCAAGAAACUGCUGCUGUCGUGAUGGCUAGAUUAGCUUCUUACAAAAUGGAGAUGGAGGAAGGCUUUGAUGCAACGAGGUGGCUAGAUCGGAAUCUAAUUCGACUAUGUUCAAAAUUUGGGGACUACCGCAAGGAUGAUCCUGCAUCUUUCACAUUAAAUCCAUCAUUCUCAAUAUUUCCUCAGUUCAUGUUUAAUCUGCGGAGAUCUCAAUUCUUGCAAGUUUUUAAUAACAGUCCUGAUGAGACUGCUUAUUUUCGGAUGUUGUUGAAUCGAGAGAACAUAAGCAAUGCAGCUGUCAUGAUUCAACCGACGCUAACAUCAUAUUCAUUUAAGUCGCCACCUUCUCCAGCUUUGUUGGAUGUGGCAUCAAUUGCAGCUGAUUGCAUCCUUUUCUUGGAUUCUUAUUUCAGUUUAGUUAUAUUCCAUGGAUUGACUAUAGCUCAGUGGAGAAACAUGGGCUAUCACAAACAACCAGAACACCAAGCAUUUGCGCAAUUGUUGCAAGCUCCACAUGAUGAGGCACAGUCGCUAAUUCAAGAGCGGUUUCCUGUUCCAAGAUUGGUGGUGUGUGAUCAGCAUGGCUCCCAGGCAAGGUUUCUGUUGGCAAAGUUAAAUCCAUCUGCCACAUACAAUAGUGCACAUGAUAUGGCAGCUGGAACAGAUGUCAUCCUCACUGAUGAUGUGAGUCUUCAAGUAUUCUUUGAGCAUCUACAGCGGCUGGCAGUUCAAUCUUCUUAAGCAUAAAGAAGUGUGAGAUGUGGUACUGUCAUCGUGUCUGUUCUUUUUUAUCUCAAAUCCCAGCGACUUCACAUCAAGCAGAGCAGUUUUUCAGGGUUCGCUCCACAAUUUACUUCCCCGGUUUGUAUGAUAAGAGGUGAGACCCAAAAUUAUUUGGACUAGAGGACAUAUGUUACAUUGUUUCGGUAGUUUAACAUAUAUAGCCUUCUUCUAUAAAGAAUAAUGAGCAGAGUGGACCGAGUUGAUUGGAGUUUAUGGAAAGAAGAGAAGAAACAAUCCCGUCCAAAGUAGCAUGAAACAAGGAGAUGUCAAUUGUUAUAUAUUCCUUAGGGUUCCAUUUCUUUAGUUUUUUUGGGUGGCAGCGAUUCAGUGAAGUUGCUGCUUGUGUCAAUUUUGUAACUGAGUCGCGGUUAUUGCUUGAACAUAUGGUAGCUCAUUUUCUAAAAGCACACAUGUUAAGGAUGUCUGGAACAUUUGUUCCAUGUUAUGCUGAAGUGAAAAUUUAUACAUCACCAUAAACUAUCCUCGUGUCUCAGAACUAUGGAAGCACUCUCAAUGUGGGCUGUUCCAUUGAUAUACGUAGUACCGUUUUAUCACAGAUGUGUUUUUCCCAUGCUUAAUGAAACAAAAGAAAUUGAAAUGCCAUC